AUGCUUACUCGUCACUGCUAUAUUACUGUGUUAUUUCUGGUAUUGCCCAUAACCUGUCAGGAAAGAAAUACGACAUAUAAGGCCGAUAUAAGAGAUGAGAAUCACAAGGUUAUGAAAUACAUAGCAGUUACACUAUUUAUCAUUUUCCUACUUUAUGGUAUUACUAGUAAUACAGUAAUGGCGAUCUCAUUAUUCCGUCGUGGAAAAGAGCGUUAUUAUGGCCGUGGAUUUCUUCUCAUCUCAAUACAACUGAUUAUUUGCAAUUUCAUGGCUUUUCAACCACAAAUGUUUCAUGUAUUGCCUGAAAUAUUACAAACUGAAAACAAGUCAAAUGCAAACACAACGGCAUGGAUUGGCAUUGCAUUCGCAAACUGCAAGAGUUUUUCAUUCUUUGCUAUACUAAAUUUUUCAUUAUUACUGGCACUGAAUCGUUUUGUGGCAAUAGCUUUACCAAAAUGCAACGAUAUUUUCGAAUCAAGAAGGCUAUACUUUCUAAUCGCUUUCGUGUGGUUAUCACUUUUAGCGGUACAAACUGCAGAUUCUUAUUAUUGCAUCAGAAAAUUCAAUGUCUGGAACUUAUCUUGGGUAAAAUACUAUGCAAAGUCUGGAGCAAAACAUUGGUUGAGGGUACGUAAUAUUUGGAAGCUAACCAUACCGAAUGCAAUGUUUGUUAUGUAUUUUGCAAUAUUCUGCAACGUACGUCGCAAGCGUCGAAGAAUUUCGGCCAAUGAAAAUGAAACGAAUGGUAUGGAUAUUAGCCAUUAUGAGUGGUCCAUGUUAACGCAGGCUGUGUG